CAAAUGAAAACAUAAAGUUAAAUCCUUGAACAAACGAUUCACUAAGAGAGGGAAGGGAAGGGAGAGCCAGCACUCCAGGUAUUGAAUGCCCGUGGAUGUGCCAUCUUCGAACAGUUCCCCACACUCCUCAGGAGAGGUGGACACAGUCUGGAAGGUACGACAGAACUUGCCCACAGUGAUGACCCCAGGCUGUCUGCAUCCAGAGCCUACACUGACAGAGCUUCUUUUGUGCCUCAAAAAACUAGCCAGUAAAUACUCAAAUAUGGGGUCAGAGAGUCACCACUAGUAUUUGAAAGGUUUUGGUCAGUACAAGGGAUCACGUAUAUGUAACACUUACUCAACUUCCUGCCUAGAGAGUUAACUGGAUGAAAAUUAAAAUAGGCUCAUGAGGAAUUUUAAUUCACAGAAAUGCACAUGCUUUUCCAGAGAUGCCAACCCAUUCCCUAAGUCAUCUGUCAAUCACUUCCAAACCUGUAAGUAUUAGGAGUCUGGGGUGUGGAAAGCAGGCUAGAUCACAUUCUCCUACAAGCCAUACCCUGACUAUACAGACAAAACCGAGAGUAUAUUUGAAUGUGGGGUGCUUUAGAGGAAUUCAGAGUGAGGCUUCUGAUGCUCAAGGGUUCUACUACCAGCAGGUGACUAGAGCACACAGGAUACUGGGGGAAAGACUAUGUGCUCUUUUCAGUGGCCAGUACUGCACUCUCUGCCUGGGGAGCUAAUCCUUAGUGGGAUGGGAAGCUGCUUUUCUGGCCUUCCUUGCAGCAGGGGGUGGCGCAACACCUUUGGCCUGUUGCCAAGGCUGGAAUGAAGAGCUGGUGAGCCAGAAGAAGAGGCGGCAUUGUGCUCCGUGCAAGCACUGGUAUCAGGUGGCUAGGGAGGUGGACUGGUGGAUGGUGCCAACGACAAGUUUGCAGCACUCGGUGCCUGGAGGCAGCAGCUCAGCAUCACUCCAGUUCAGUGGGACUCACGCUCCUCCUGACUUUGAGUUCACAUGGUUCGCCAGGCCUUCUAAAACUCCAGGAGCCACCUCAAAUCUUGUGAACAAGUCUCUUUUUGCUGGCUCAGCCUGAGUCAGUUCCUGCUAGUUCCAAAUAGAGGCUGGGUGUGUGUGCUGGCAGUGAGAGGGGGCUGUGUGGGACUCAGACCCAGAACAGGGACCAAGGGGCACACCCGUUUUGCUUGUCAACACUAAGGAGUCUUUGAAUUAAAGCCAGGUGGACAGGCUUCACAGCAGCCACGUACUUCUUCACCAUACUGGGAUGCGUUUUUCUCCCAGGCCUACAGGAAACAUGGCCUGUGGCUGCUCAGGUUUGGCAAUUUCUGGCCCUGAGAGGCCCUCAGAGGACUACCCCAGCAUCAAGAGCACUCUGAAAAUGUCAAGCACUGCCUGAGGACCACACGACUUCCUAGAACACAGCUAGGUGUAAAGCAAACCUCCACACUGAACAUCAAAUGCCUCUAACAAUUUCUAAUACACACACACUUAGAAAAACACUCCCAACUGAAAUCUCAAACUUAAAAUGCUGAAACUUGUUACAAACCACAUUUACACAAUUUCUAAAAGUUCCUGCUUGUGCUUCCUUAAUAAGAGUUCCUCUUUACUUCUUUCUUUCUGAAAAAAAGAAAGGAGGAAAAGGAAGGCCAUCCUCUUGAGUACAUGCCCAGCACAUGCAGAGUGAUGGGCCCUGUGAGCACAAGCAAGAUCGGCCUCUGGCUGGAAAUCAGCCUGAUCCUAUUUCAUGUCGGUGUGCUGGGUGCCUGUACUGUUUCCGUGGUGCAGCCAGGUUACCUAGAGGUGGACUACACUUCUGAGACUGUCACCAUGGAGUGUACCUUUUCCACAACUGGAUGCUCUUCAAAGCAACCAAGAAGCCUGUGGUUUCGCUGUGGCACUCAUCCGCCUGAGGCUCUGUGCUUGGAUGGAUGCAGGAAUAAGGCAGACAAGUUCACAGUGAAAGAAACCCUGGACCAGAACCAAGUCUCCCUCACUGUCAACAGGGUGUCUCCAAACGACAGUGCAGUUUACAUCUGUGGAAUAGCAUUUCCCCAUGAGCCGGCACCGAGAGCUAAGCAGACCGGAAACGGGACUACACUGGUGGUGAGAGAAAGACUUCUCAGCAGGGAGGUGCAGAGUCUCCUGAUAGUGCUCUUAGCACUGUUCUCUGUCUACAUCACCGGGGUGUGUGUGAUCUUCCUAGUCCUCUUCAAAUCAAAAUCUAAGAGUCCAAGAAGUAGAGAAACCAAAGAAGACUCACAAAAGAAGAGUGCUCGGCGAAUCUUUCAGGAAAUAGCUCAAGAAUUAUACCAUAAGAGAUAUGUGGAAACAAGCCAACAGCCUGUAAGUAUAAAACAGCACAGGACACAAUUCAAAUAUAAAGCUUCUAUUCCUGCAAAGAAUAUGCUGUCAAUAACCAAGUUUUCCUUUAGAAGACACUUCUACAAAGUGUCUUUAUCAGAGAACCUGUUUAGCCAAAAGUAUGACAGAAGGCAUUUGAUACAAUGUUUAACAGGUAGAGGCCCCCAUUUUAGUGAUGUGGUUUUCAACCCAGGCAAGGAGCUUUUAUGGACUAAAAGCUACUUUGUACUGCAGCCAGUGAGGAGUAGGCCCUCAGUCAGUGCUGCAAACCUGUGCAGAUUAAAUAAUAUGUUUAAGUUACUUGUUACCAGUAAGGAAAAAAUUUGCUAGUGAUACAAAAGCAGCAUCUUACUAGUUCUGGGACUGGGCACUGGGGGCAGGAUAGUCUAGGCAACUUCCUGACAGGGUCCUCUCAAGCCACAGUCAGGAUUUCCGAGGGAAUACAGUUUAUGAGUAGUAGGGUAUCUGGUUCCACACAACACAUGGCCCGAAUGCUAAGCCUUCUAUAAUAGACACAGAGAACAGAUAACUAGGAAAGGGGAAAAUACAACAGGAUGAUGACUAUGAAGUGAUUUUUUUUCUUUUUUCUUUUCUUUUUUGCUGGGGGGUGGGGUGGGAUGGGAAGACUUAUCCAGUUUGUAAGAGCUUUUCACGAGCUGGGGAACAGCUCCAUGGCAGAGCACCUGCCCAGUAUUCAUGAAGGCCCUGGGUCCCACCCUCAGCAUCAGUUUUUAAAAAUAAAAAUCUAAACUUUUUUUUAACCAAAAAAGGUUAUCCACAAAUUCAAUCCACUCUCCUGUGAUAUAAAAAAACAUAAAGACAAAAACUGCCUGCUCACACUUUUCCUACUGAAGCUAGGGCUUAUUUUAUCUUAUUUUUUCAAACAUGGUCUCCCUUUGUAGUCCUGGCUGGCUGGGAACUUUCUAUGUAGACCAGGCUGGCCUGAAACUCACAAAGACACAACUGCCUCUGCCUCCUGAGUGCUUUUCAACGAAAGCAAAAGUAAACAGUCGGAAGGAAGACUGGACCUAAGAACUGUAACGCUCUGAGUCAUUUGACAACAGCAUCAUGGCAGAUUUUAUUUUAGUUCCCAUAUCCUUCUUUAAAGGAAGGAAAAAUGAGGCCAGGUGUGGUGGUGCAGACCUUUGAUCCCAGCACUCGGGAGGCAGAAGUGGGCACAUCUUUGGGAGUUAGAGGCCAACUUAGUCUAAGGAGCAACUUGUAGGCUGGCCAGGGUUGUAUAGUGAGACACUGUCUUUUUUUUUUUUUUUUUUUUACUUAUUUAUUAUGUAUACAGUGUUCUGCCUGCAUGCAUGCCUGCAGGCCAGAAGAGGGAACCAGAUCUCAUUGUAGAUGGUUGUGAGCCACCAUGUGGUUGCUGGGAAUUGAACUCAGGACCUCUGGAAGAGCAGCCAGUGCUCUUAACCUCUGAGCCAUCUCUCCAGCCCUGAGACACUGUCUUUUAAAAAAAGGAAAAAUGGUAAACCAGACUUAGAAUAACUAGAAGGGUCAGGCCUGGUGGUGCACACCUGUCAUCCCAGUACCUGGGAGACUAAGGCAGAAGAAUUAUCAACUCAAGGCCAGCUUGGGCUUCGUAGGAAGACCCUGAGCCCUGUUUCAGAAACAAACAAAACCAAGAUGAGCAUGGUAACAUUUACUUGUGUUUUGUUGUUUGCUCCCCCCCUUCUGAUUUUUCAAGACAGGGUUUCUCUGUGUAGCCUUGGCUGUCAUAGAACUCACUCUGUAGACCAGGCUGGCCUCGAACUUAGAGAUCCACCUGCCUCUGCCUCCUGAGUGCUGGGAUGAAAGGUGUGUGCCACCACAUCUGUGGUAACAUAUACUUGUAAUCCCAGCAUUUACUGGGUAAAAGCAGAGGAUCUAAAGCUCAAGGUCAUCCAAGUCAGUCCGGGGACUACACGUCUCAUAAGAUCACACAAUAAAGCAAAGGGUGGAUUCUUUUCACGCGCACGGACACACACACACACACUCAAAGUGCAUACAAGACCAAAGGUGCAUAGUGGUAGAGUAGCUCCUAUGUAGCUGGAGGACCACAUCACUGGUAACAUAAUGUUAAGCACAGCUCAUGUUUACUGUCACAGGAGAGAGACGGCACUUACGAAAACAGAAGAGCACUUCCCAACUCUGGAAGACCAUAGAUGUGCUUCACUUUUCAUUAAAUCACAGCAACUGAAACGCCAGCAUCCACUGCAGUGUGAAUAGACACAAGCCAAUCAAAAACACCAAAGGGCACUGGGGAUGUAGCUCAGUCGGCAGAGUGCUUGCCUAGCAGGCACAAAGCCCUGGGUUUGAUCUCCGUCACCCCAAAAACUCAGCAAUGUGACACGAGGCUGUAAUCCCAACAUUUUGAAGGUAGAAUAAAGAGGUCAGAGGUUCAAGGUCAUGCUUGAGUACAGGACGAAUGUGAGGCCAGAGAUAAAUGUAACCCUGUUCCAAAAACAACUGCCACCACCAAAAGAAAAAGACACAACAAAUGGAAAAGAUGGCCAGCCACACCAGAAGGCAGAACGUUAGAAGCUGUCGCCAACGGAAACUACAAAAUAUGAAAACCUCAAGAAAAUUCAACUGGAGGAUCUCUUUUUCUAAUUUUCCACGAACAGUCUAUCUAAAGAGCUAAUUUAAAAACAACUUCAUCUUAGCAGUCUUUUAAAAUUGUUAUAUAUAUCCUGUCAGUUCACCCAACAUACUAGAUAUGUGACGGCCAGUAACGUGGGAAAGGCUUAAAGUUAAACCACAGAUCUCAAUUCUGAGGGGGAAUAAAUGUCUUCCUGAGUUGUGGGAUCGAUGAAACAAUUAGAAUCAAGUGAGAGGGGGCAAAAGGAGUGAGGAGAAGGCCAAAUUUUGAGUAAGAGAAACUCACUGUAAAAAGUAUCCUGGAACAAAAGUCACUUCUUCUGAUACAGUGACAGGGCAAGAGGCAGUGCACCUUCUCCUCCUGCUGGAGUACACAGAACCCCCAAGGAGGGCAAGACCACGAGAGACAGAGGAAGACUACCAAGAGAAACCCAAAGCGAUCAGAAGAUGCCGCAGAACAAACGCACACAACUGACUCUAGAUGUCAGUGUGGUGCCAAAGACUUCAGGCCCAGGGAGUGCCAGGGCCAUGCACUUUCAGUGAGCCUAGACAGAGGGCCUGGUCCAGCAAGGUCCUCACUAUUUCACUAAGAGGUGUGCCAUGGAUUGUUCUUCGAAUGUAAAGUACCGACAAGCUCACUCUGUUCACUAAAUUUGAUCACAGUGUAUUCUAGCAAUACAGUUUCUUUUAAACAGGUACUAAAUGGCACACACUCUUCUUAAAACACAGAUACAGUCUUCACACAUUUCAAAGUCUCUUUGGAAGGGUCUGACAUUGGUGGCUCAAAUCAGUGCUAUCCUGAUAACAUGUGUCCCAAAAACUGCAAAGGAAGGAGCAGGUGACCUCACUGUAAUUGUACGUGUACACAUACACACACACACACACACACACACACACACACACACACACACACACACACACACACACACACGUACGUGCGCGCGCACACAUUAUUGUGUAGAGUAUAUACAUAUGUAUACGUAUGUUAGCUACUGCAAAAGGAAUAAAACAGUGGCAUACAGAGCAGCAUUUCUGUUGGCUGGUUAGUUGUUUGAAAUUUUUAUUUUAUUUUUUAUUUAUGUGUGUGCAGCUGCCCAUAGAGGCCAAAGGAGGACAUCAGAUUCUCUGAAACUGGAAUGACAGGUGGUUGUGAUCUGUCCAAUGGGGGUGAUGGGAACAGCACUCUUAACCACUGAGCCAUUCCCCUCCCUCCCUUUCUGACACAAGGCCUCAUACAGCCUAUGAACUCAUCUUUCUACCUCCAUACUCCAAAAUGAACUUCCUACGGACUCCAAGAGGCAAACUCCCUAACUCUGAAACUACCAGCUUAGGCAAAACAAACGAACUUCUGAACCAGAAGGCAGAAAAAGGCAAGUACUAACUCCAUUUAGGAGAGCAGAGUACUGGAUGCGUGUGCCAUUCAUUUCUGCCAGUGAGCACUGUUUCCAAGAGACAAAUCUCUAAUGGAUUAGGAUUGAAUUCUAAUAUGCCUUUCCCAAAGAAUGAACGCAACAACUGCCUCAAAGUUGGAUUUUAAACUGAAAUUCAGAAGUUAUUUUCAGAGGAAGGACCUCUAUUUCCAACAUCACACACAAGAGGGCCCAAUACUCGGUGAGCACUGGCUGUACUCAAAGCCAGCCCUGCACUCUGUCCUUGACUUACACUGAACUUGCCCUAGCCCAACCUCACCAUGUCUAUAUCUUUAUAUGCUCUUGUGUGAGUUUGCAACAUACUAUGAAGAUACAGCUCAACAGAAUGAGCAUGGUCCUGGGUUCAAGCCCAGCACUGUAAAAACAAGACAACACACACAACAGCUCAGUGACGCACACAAAGCCUUCCCUAAGUCCCAGUUAAUGAUCUUUCCUUCUCUGGUCCCACCAUACUUCGCCCUGUCUCUUUACGUUACCCCAGUAUGGCCUGGUACAGCUACACUCUAUAACAGAAUCCCUAGCAGCACAGUGCUCAUUUAUCGAGGUAUUUCCGCGGCCUGGCUCUUCCCAGCACACAGGCCUUCAAAUGCCUUUGUAUAAAUGCGACUGAACAAUAAUUCUAUUUUAAAAUUCCUUGUGUUUCAACUGAGAUGAGAAACACUUCACUCCCACUGACUUUUCUCCAGAAACUACUGUCCAAGUCCUUUCUUGCUCCCUGAGCAUCCAGAGAAUUUUCCCUAUUGCAUACUCAACUGCAGCCUCCCAUCAUGGCUGGAGAGUCCCUGACAGCGAAGACGAAAUGAGACACAUCUUGGUCGGUUGCUGUUGCUGGGACAAAGUAUCAUAGGCUUUGUGGCUUAUAAGCAGCAGCAAUGUCUUUUUCAGAGUACUGGGGGCUGAAGUGGAAUCAGGGUGCUACAAGGUAGGUUCUAAUUAGGUCCCUCCUCCAAACUGCUAAAGGCAGAGUACGGGCUCUGGGACCUCAGUACAAGAUACUGACCUAGUGACCCCAUCACCUCCCAAAGGGCCCACCUCCCAGACCCAGCACAAUGGUGGGGAGGCUUAACACAGAAGAGGCAGAUGGAUCCAGAAGUCUUAUCUAUAUCCUCGGUUUUCAAAAAGUUAAUUCCGUUUUCAUCUUUGUAAGGAAUCUCAAACCUGUGACCAAUGGGAAUAUAGCUGUGGAGUCACAUACACCAAUGGAGAACUCACUUUGAGACAGUUAAAACGCAAAAUGAAGCCUUCAGAUUCUGAAUGCUUUUGUUAUGAGUUUAAAGCAGACUAAAAGACACUGGCAAAUACUUCUGUGGGAGGAACUGUGAACAAGUAUGAUCACUAAAGUCACAAAUAAAAACAGUUAGAGAAUGGGAUAAACUAGAACAAAUCUAGCAUGGAUCAAAUACCAGAAACCAGACCCAUACAGCUGGUCGCUGUUUAAUACAUGACUUAAUCCUCAUAAUAAACCCCAAUGCGGGUAUUAGCCACUUUGGGCAGGUGAAGCUCUCAGAUGACUGAGAAGCCAGGCUAACCAAUAUUUCAAAUUCAAACAGAGGUUAGCCCUCUGAUAUUAAGCUCUUUCCACAAAACAGAUUGGAAGUCCUCCUUGAUUCUAUCUGGGUGAGUGAGAGUUUUAGACUAAAUGUCUAACCAGGAAUAAUGGGUAUGCCUAUAAAUCCUAGCAUUCAGGAAGCAGAGGCAGGAAGACAAACAUAAAUUUGAGGCCACCCCAAGCUACAUAGCAAGUUCCAGACCAACCAAGACUAUAUAGCAGGACACUAUGAUAAUAAUAAUAAUAAUAACAACAACAACAUAAUAGUCUUAAUUUAAUCAGAUCAUGACCUUAUAAAUGAGUAAGAAAGUUGCUAGCAGGCUAUUUCUGAAAAGCACAGACCUCACGCAACAGUUUCACAAAACAAUGUUAUCAAAUUUUCAAAGAAUAAAACACAGAGUAUAACAUUCCUAAUUGUUUUCUACAAAAUCAGCAGAACAGCUGGGCAGCAGUGGCACACACCUUUAAUCCCAGUACUUGGGAGGCAGAGCCAGGCGGAUCUCUGUGAGUUCGAGGCCAGCCUGGUCUACAGAGCGAGAUCAGGACAGGCACCAAAACUACACAGAGAAACCCUGUCUCGAAAAAACCAGCAGAACAAUGUUAUAAAACCAAGAUAAUAUCCCCCAUAAACAUAAAGAUCAGCUAUAGGCAUUUUACUUAUCAAUAGUAGUAAUGCUGUCUAUGAGGCACUGUGGUCAAAUCUGUAUAACCUUAUCUCUUCAGAAGGUUAAGGAAAGAAUAUCCUGAGUUCAAGGCCAGCCUAAUAACCUAGUGAGACCCUAUCUCAAAUAAAAAUUCAAGGGUGAGCUGGACGGAGCUGGAGAGAUGUUAAGAGUAGUUAGAGCAGUUACUGCUCUAACAGGAAUAGGAGUUGGGUUCUCAGCACCCAUGUCAGGUGGCUCACAACCUCCUGUAAUUCUGGCUCCUUGUCUUUUAGCCUCUGUAGGCACCUGCACUCACACAACCCAAUGCAUGGACAUAAAUCAAUUUUUAAAAAUCAAGAGACAGCAAGAUAGCUCAAAAUGUAAAGGUGCUUGCUGCCAAGCUUGAAGACCUCAAUUCUUGGGACCCACAGGGUAGAAGGAGAGAACCAACUCCCACAAGCUGUUCUCUCACUUCCACAAGUAUAUCUCCCAACAUGCAUACAAACAAAUAAAGCAAUUUAAACAACAUAUACGGCUAAAGAUACGCUGCAGUGUAGAGUACUUGCAUAGCACAUGCAAGACUAUGGGUCCAAUCACUAGAACUGAAAAAAAAGGUGAUAAUAUUAAUGUGCAUGGCAUUUUCUUUUUUAGUUUUUUUCAGAUCGGGUUUCUCUGUAUAGCCCUGGCUGUCCUGGAACCUGCUCUGUAGACCAGGCUAGGCUCAAACCCACAGAGAUCUGCCCCUCUCUGCCUCCUGAGUGCUGGAACUAAAGCCAUGCGCCACCAUACCCAGCUGUUCAUGGCAUUUUCAUUUACAAUGUUUAUGAAUACAAGUGCCACAGAACCAAGUGACACUGUCUUAAAGAGGCCUCCCAGUCAAUUCAGUAUGAUCAUCCCCAGAGAUGCUGAACACUCAGAUAUAAAAUUCAAUAUUAACUCCAACAUUUGUAAACUCUUAAUAAAAAAGAAUUUUUUUAAAAAAUGUAUCAACGCCGUGCGGUGGUGGCGCACUCCUUUAAUCCCAGCACUCGGAAGGCAGAGCCAAUCUCUGUGAGUUCAAAGCCAACCUGGUCUACAGAGCGAGAUCCAGGACAGGCACCAAAACUAGAUGGAAAAACCCUGUCUCCAAAUUAAAAAGAAAAAAAAAAAAAGGGUAUCAACCAAGCAGUAAUCUAAAGCUGACAAUCUGUGUAAAGCAGACUUACCUGGAACUCACGAUGUAGACCAGGCUAGGCCUGACCUACUCCUGCAGCUCCUGCCUUGGCCUCUCAAGCACUAGGCUUCCCAGCAUAAGCCAUCAUGCCCACAUUUUUGUUACUGACAAUGUAAAAGCUGACUGCUAGUGUCUGCCUCCAUCCUACAACAGGAAAUGCUAACAACCACAUUGAAGAAGGAGAAAAUAAUCUGUAGUUUGUUAAACUCCAUAUGUCAAUGUUUCCACCAUGCUCAACUGCAAUGGCAGUCCUUCUGAACAGGCCACUCACUGCAUCCACUCCAGGUGACAGUUGGGUCCCGUGAGUCAGUCCGAGACGGCCCAGCACACCACUACAUCCAGGUCACUUGCCACAAGUGUGUUCCUAGAUAUAUUUCAGGGGAAAGUAUCUAAAGUAUUCCUAACAGCUUCUAUCUGCAUACAUGUGGAGUAACAUUUGAAGAACAUUUAGGUGAUCUAAAACCAAAAAGAGACUGGAGUAAAAAAAGAUUUUUCAUUAUAUGCCCUUGUGCAAGCUCCCUGAACCAUUUUUACCAUGAAUGAUUUUGCAUAAAAUUAUAAUUUUAACAAAUUAAUCAUGUUAUUAAAUUUUCAUUUGUACAAUGUAAUUCUCCUUAAUUACAUUCUUUUCCCUGAUCACGUCUCACCAGAUUAUCAACCCGUAAUGAAGAUUAAGUGAAGGUACCAAGUAAACAGAUUAAAAAGAAACACAGGCAAGGCUGGAUUGCUAGCUCAGAAGUUAAGAACAAUGGCUGCUCUUCCAGAGGACUCAGGUUCAAUUCCCAGCACCCACAUGGCAGCUCACAACUGUCUGUGACUCUAGUUCCAGAGGAUUCAACACCCUCGCACAGACAAAUGUGCAGGCAAAACACAAAUGCACAUAAAAUAAAUCUUUAAAAAUGAAACAUGAAACUGCUUCUUCUAAGUUAGUCUAUACAACAAAGUUGUAGUUAAAUGCACGACACUGCACCCCGCCCCCUGCCAAAAAACCAGGAGUAAUCAUUUCACCUAUAAUUGCUUUUUGUUAAUUAAUUAAUUAAGCAAAGCAGGCUAAGCACACUCAGGCACCCUCACAACAAGCCCACUGCGCCUUGAAGUCUCCAGUCCUCACAGUUUCCCAUGGAAAUCAUCAGGGUCUAAUUAGAGACUUGGAGAAAGGAAGCAACAGCAAUAACAGAGUGCCCGGACAAUCUGCAGAAGUUACAGGUCAAUAAAGGUCACCCCUAGCAACAAGGCUUUGUCUCAGAUUUGUAAUGUGUCACAGGCCAGACUCCACAGAGUCCACAGGCAGCUCUGGACACCCACAAUCAAGGAGCUUGUUCUCAGUCCUAAGUGAAGACUGUGCUCUUGUUUAGCUUGACUUCCUUUCAUGUUUCUUGUCAGAAACACGAGGAAAUGAAGUUUGUGGUUAGAGUGAUGUUUCUUCCUCCUGCUUUUCCACCUCCUGCUAGGCCAGGAAGCAGCAUUAAAGUUCUAUCAUGUGUGCCCAUCAGGACACAGGAAGCCAGAGCCUCACAACUCAGUGACUAGCGAGUACAGUGCAGAAGUGGAGCCAAGGCUUCAUCACAGAGAACGAGCGGCACUGCAGCUAGGUCAGAUGAGAGGACACUCACUCGUCUUUUCACUGUGUGACAUACACGUGACGUGUAUGUAUAGAUAUGGCAAGCACACUUGCAGCAGGCUGAAAAGCCAUUCAACAACAGGAACGUAAUGUACAGAGAAGGAAGAUCGGAGAGAGGACAGCUAUUCCACCCAUCUUCUUCCUGCCCUGCUAUGUCUACAGAUUUUCUAUCUUCAAGCCCGGUAUGGAGGCAAGCACCUGUAACCCACUUCUUAGAGCAGAAGCAGGAGAAGGAUUAGGAGUUGAAGCUAUCCCCAGUUACACAGCUAGUUAAGGUUACAUGAGAUUCAGCCUCAAAACCAAAUCUAGGAAGAAGGCUCAGUGAUGCAGAGAUGACUUAGUGGUUAACAUGCUUCUAUGCAAACUUAAGACCUGAGUUCAGAUCUCUAGCACCCACACAAGAGACGGGUGUGGCAGUAUGGAACUGUAAUGGUGUGGGGGUGGGGGGCGGUGACAGGCAGCUAUCUGGGGCUUGCUGACCAACCAGUCCAGCUAUGAAGGCAAGUUCCAGGUUCAGUGAGACCCCGUCUCAAAAACUAAGAUGAAGAGCAACAGACAGACAACUGAUGUCAACGUCCUCUGCCUGCCUGCGCGCGCGCGCGCACGCGCACGCACACACACACACACACACACAC